AUGCUAACGACACAAAAUAAAGCAGUUGCUGAAUUCAUACCGUUGUCAAUAGUUCAUUUUCACAUGCUUGAACCCUUGUCUGCAGAAGAUAGAUGGGAACUUUUUUGUAGAAAGGCAUUUGGCUCUGACAGUUAUUGUCCUCCAAACUUGACGAAAUUAUCAGAACGUAUUGUUGGAAAAUGUGGAGGUCUACCUCUAGCAAUUGCUACGAUAGGUGGGCUUCUCUCAAGAAAAAACAAGAUUGUUUCUGAAUGGGAAAAUAUACUAGAUAGUUUGGGCUCAAAAUUAAGCAGUGAUUCCCAUCUUAGUGAUUGCAACAGAGUUUUGUCUGAAGGUUAUUAUGAUCUUCCUUACUAUCUCAAGCCAUGUCUCUUAUACUUUGGUGUGUUUCCAGAAGGCUACGAAAUUACAUUUGGGAGAUUAAUUCGCCUUUGGAUAGCUGAAGGCUUUGUCCAAUGCAACAACGACCUUCCAUCUGAGCAUGUUGCAGAAGAAUUAGAGGAUACGUUGGUUACACUAGUAAAUAUUUUUCAUCUCUUUCGGCAAAAGAUAUUGAGGAGCUUAUUGAAGAAAUUGAGGCCGAGUAACGAGUAG